CAUCAACUCAACAACAACAUUUGAACGUCGGGACGAGUUCCUCCAGGAAAAGAGUUAGCAAAUCUGGAUGGUGUGGAUGAACUUAGCAUCAUGAUAUCAUGUGGGGAUGCCCAGGAGUAUGUCCCAUUCGGGCGAGAAUAUUUGUGUUAUCACCCAGGGGACGUCGGCUUGCCUCCGCCCAGACCAAGCCCAGCACCACCUCAUCUGGAUCUCAUGAGACAGCUAGAUACAGUCUCCAUUAAUGGUUCCAAGGAUUGGUGGGAGUUACGUCAUAGCUCUGAUGGUUUGACAGAAGAAGAAUUAUACGUGUGCGGUCCAACAGUGGUAUGGUCACGAGGACAAGCUGGCAGUGCAGGUUCACGUCAAGUUAUCAAAUGUAUGACCUGUGACUCUACAGUUCAACAUGUAAUGUUUGCCACCUUUUAUACAUAUCCUGACCAACCACCACUGCUAGGAGAAGCUGUCCCAGAAGAACCCACAGGAGAUUGUCUCCCUAGCAUCUGUGUAGCGGAGAGUGAUAGCCUGAAUAUAUUUACUGAAGAUGGAGAUGACUGUUCUGUUGCCUUGCCCUUUCCUGUAAGUUGUGAGUUCUGGAAGGACCAUUUCAAUAUCCUCACCUGCUUGAGGCUUAUAGACAAAGCGUGGGGAAAAGUGUCUUCCAGGACCAUGCAGUCAGCAUGGAAGAAAUUGUGGCCUGACUUUGUGGUAGCCAGGGAUUUUGAUGACUUUGAAGAUGAACCUGAGCCAGUAGAGGAUACUGUGUCACUGGGGAAGACCCUGGGCCUAGAGGUGACUGAAGAUGACGAGGAGGAGGUAGAGGAGCACAGAACUGAACUCACCACAGAACUUCUCUCUGAACUGCAUCCUUGGAAGAUUGCUAAUCACAUGGAAUCACAUCAGUUGCACAAUCCAGGGAAGCAAGGAUUUAGAAUAGGUUAUAGUGGCUCAGCUCGUCCUGCCUUCAUGAGUGAUUUAUCUCAGCAAGCAGUGUUCAUGUCACAGGAUCCUUCCAUUUGUAUUCUUUAUAACUCCAGUAGCAGCAGUCAUACUAUAUGGAAAAUUCGAAGGGCAAAAUUAGAGGAAAACAACUUUGUACUUCAAAGCAAUAUGAGUUCACCAGCAUCCUGUCUACUAUCCAACCCUGGCUCAUUUGCACAACUGCACUCCUAUACACACGGUCAUUCUCUCUCCCAAAGUCACUCCCAUGGAGCAUCUCCUGUUAAUCAAGCGUCCACUCAUACACCAACUCCUACCAGUUCUCGUACAAAGUCUAGCAUAUUUCCUAAUAUGCUGACCACUCCGAAGGCACAGCAGUCUCAGGCUCCCAGGAAUCACAUGGCAAUGCUUAGUCGAACACAGUCACCAUCGGUAUUUGGAGGGCAGAAUCUUCGGCUGGCAAUGAGUCCUUCACCAUCUCGAUCUCCCGGGCCCCGCACACCUCGAUCAUCACAGUAUACUUCUCUUAAUGAAACCUUAACUGAGCCAGAACCUUUGGUUCCAGAUAUUUGCUUAGAUCACCUCUGGACAGAUCAUUCCCUUGCCCGGGCCACAAAGGCUUUCCUUACAGAAGAUAGUGUGGGUCAAAAAUAUCUAUGUUUAAUGCUCUCACAGGCAGGAAUGCUUCGCUGUAUUAAAUAUGAUUAUACCAAUGAUAAAUCAAGUCUUAUAUUUGGCUCUAUAGCCUCUGUAAUUGCUAAAGAUGCCUUACCAGUUAAAGCACUCCACAUGAUGAUUGUUGUUGAUGGAAGUAGUAGCGUAUCCCUUUAUACAGGGCCAGUUCAUGUGAGUCGUAUUAAUCUUUGUGGAUUACCUACAUUCAACUCCUCUUUAUUUAGAGAUUUUUCAUCUUUGAAUAUAUCAUCGCGACUUCACAGUCCAUCUACAACACCGCUUCGUCGAUCAAGUCUUUUCACCUCUAGUAGACCCAGUUCAUCUCUAGAUGCAAAGUUUGAAGUUGGUCUUUCUCCAGUUAUUACUGAGAAGUCACACAUGGAUGGAUCUUUCACAGAUGACCCAAGUCUGCCUCUUUCUUCAUCUAUUGUAUCCCUGAGAGAUCCUUCAGAUACUAAAGUUACGUUGGAACAUGCAAAUGGCAAUUUUUACAGAAUAACUCUGCCAGAAAUUGCAUCAUCUCCAGUUGUUAAACAUUCUCUAGCUGCACUUAAAUAUGUUCUGCCUCGAGAGCCUGCACUUCAGUUAGUUAACAAGUGGUAUUCAACUAGGAAUGCUCCUGGAUCUGGGGAUUUUUCUCCUCAGGGAGAAUGGACUAUGUUUUCAAUGACUUUAUCAAUGAUAGGCUAUGACACUGACAAAUUAGCUUUAACAUGUCCAGUAGAAUCCUCUGACUCAUGUAACACUCUCGUAGCUACAAAGAAGUUUCGUGCAGCUGAGAGUGGCUCGGAUAAUGAUUGGGAGUACAUGUUGUCUUCACCCUUUCAUAUGGCUGCUGGAAACAGUCUGAGUGAAAUGCUGGGAUUACAAAAAGUGGGGGUGAUGCAGAAACCAAAAGAAGUCAAUAAAGGUACAGUGCAUACAAGAUCACCUUUGUUCUCACAUCUCCCGGCAAUUUUCUUUGCACUUCAUUUAGUAUAUGAAGAAUUUAAAUUGAACAUUUUAAAUUGGGAAUUUUGCAGUCUCCUUGUUACUUGUCUGGAUCAACUAGCUUCAGAUCUUCGCCUUACUCAAUAUCUGCACCAUUAUUGGAGAGAUUUUCCCACUGUGUGUCCAUUACAUGGUCCACCAUCACAGGUACCACUAGAGGAGGCAAAAAAAUUAACUUAUGCCAGUUAUUUUACUGAGAAACCUCCUCAUGUGUUAGCCCACUUGUAUGCAAUAAUGGGAGGUAUUGAACCUGAGCCUUUCCCAUACAUUCCUGAAGUGUGCACAACAACCAAAAAUCUGAUGCUGCUGUACUCUGUUGCAGCAGCAGAUUGUGGCUUACAAAAUAUUCCCAUGGAGCGCUUUUUGAAACAGAUUAGCUCAAGUAACGUGAAACCAUUUUUUUCAGCUGAUGUAUCACUUAACUUACAAAAUUAUUGUGAAAAUAAUCCCAAAAUCCAUGAGAAGAUAGUUCUUUUAACAGACCAACUUGGAUUAACUGUCAGGGAUAUCCAGCUCCUCUCUCCUGGAGUUUCUCUGGUCCUUAUGAACGCACAGCACCUUUGUCGUACUUGGCCUCCUCAGAAUUGGCCAGCCUCUGCUUAUCACCUCAUCCACAGACCUGAUCUUGUUGCUCACAGGGAAGAAGAUGCAAAAAAUGAAAAUGACAGUGGAAAGAAGCCAAAAGAUCCAUUUAAUAUAAAGGUAAGAAUGCAAGAAGAAAAGAAAGUCUCACAGUCAUCUACCAAGGAAGAAGAAGAUGGCAUGGAAACCUUGGAUACAGACAUGCUGGCUCUAAGGUGGCGUGAAGAUCAACGCAUAGCUGAAGUACGCCGUAUGCUCUGCUCAUCCCGUGCUGUUACAAUUAGUGCUGUUCAACGGCCGGAGGUGUCUGAUCAUGAUUUUCUAGAAGAGCAAGAGAGACAUUUGUAUGCCCUCUGCAUUAGGACUAUGUCACUACCAAUUGGACGAGGUAUGUUCACUCUGUUUACUUCUUCCCCAAUAAUUACAGAAACGCUUCCAAUACCCAAGCUCAAUCUCUCAGGCAAAGCUCCCCCAAGAGGAACAACUAUUGACCUUUCCAACAUUGAAGUACCUCCAAAUAUGGAUAUGUGGCCACAUUUCCACAAUGGUGUUGCAGCAGGACUGAAAAUUGCUCCCAACUGUGGAGAAAUUGAUUCCACAUGGAUUGUGUACAAUAAACCAAAAGGAUCGUUGGAUAAUCCAACUGAACAUGCUGGAUUUCUCAUGGCCCUUGGACUCAAUGGUCAUCUUCGAAACCUUGCAACUGUCAACAUGCAUGAUUAUUUAGCACGAGGGCAUGAAAUGACAUGUGUUGGACUACUGCUUGGCAUAUCUGUAGCUAAGCGAGGAACAUUGGACAUUCAGACUACAAAGCUACUCAGUGUUCACCUUGAGUGUCUUCUGCCACCAACAUCAACUGAGCUAGAUGUUCCUCACACUGUUCAAGUUGCAGCUAUCAUUGGAGUGGGACUAGUUUACCAAGACACUGCUCAUCGACACAUGGCAGAAGUCCUACUGCAAGAAAUUGGUCGCCCACCAGGCCCAGAAAUGGAAAAUUCAAAUGAUCGAGAGUCUUAUUCUUUGGCUGCUGGACUUGCUCUUGGCUUAGUAUUAUUUGGGAGAGGUGGAGAAGCUGCUGGCUUUACAGAUCUUAAUAUUGCAGGAGAACUGUAUCACUAUAUUGAAGGCGGACACAAGAAACCACUUUUUGGCAUCCACAAAGAUAAAUAUAAGUCGCCAAGUUAUCAGAUAAAAGAGGGUGACUGUGUCAACAUCGAUGUAACUGCUCCAGGAGCCACCUUAGCGUUGGGGAUGAUAUAUUUUCAGAGUAAUAACAAGGCAAUUGCUGAGUGGAUGCUUGCCCCAAGCACUCCGUAUCUAUUAGACCAGGUGAGGCCUGAUUUUCUGCUGCUUCGUACAGUUGCUCUUGGACUUAUCAUGUGGGAUUCUGUGAUGCCAACGUCUCAAUGGAUUGAGAGUCAUGUGCCUCUGACAGUUCUCACUCAUGUCCACCGAGGAGGUAAUCAGUCUACACCAGGGAUAGACUAUGAAUCUAUGCAUCAGGCUUACUACAACAUAUUAGCUGGUGCCUGUAUGGUCAUUGGAUUGAAGUUUGCUGGGUCAAGUAACAGUGAGGCCUUCCAGAUUUUGUGGAAGUAUACAAGGAUGUUCACCAAUUUCACCAAGAGGAGUGUUGCAGAACUGGCUGGGAAAUCAACUAUCGAGACUUGUCUUAAUGUAAUUCUGCUGAGUUUGUCCAUGGUGAUGGCUGGAACUGGAGACCUCGAUGUGCUGCGUAUCAUCCGAUAUUUACGAUCUAGAGUUGGACCUUCAAAUUCCACAGUUGGGUAUGGCUCCCAUUUGACAAUCCAUAUGGCAUUAGGCUUCCUGUACUUGGGUGGGGGACGCUUCUCCCUUGGAACUUCUAACAUGGCUAUUGCUGCUCUCCUCAUUGCCUGCUUCCCAAAGUUUCCAACUCAUUCCAAUGACAACCGCUAUCAUUUACAGGCAUUGAGGCACUUGUAUGUUUUGGCUGCUGAGCCAAGGUUACUGAUGCCAGUUGAUGUAGAUACUGGAAGACUCUGCCAAGUCAAUGUUACUGUUAGGUUCAGUGACACCCACCAGUACAAGAAUCAGUCUUAUGAAGCUAUGGCUCCACUGAUGUUGCCGGAACUGUCCAAGCUGUCUCAAGUUAUUAUAGAAGGUGAUGCUGCUAAUCAUCGGUAUUGGCCUGUUAGAUUUUCUUCGCAGAAUAAGACUUGGUCUGUACUGGAAACAAUAUUGCGUUCUGGUGAAGGCUUAUCAGUGAAGCUGAAAGAUGGUCGGUAUCCAUAUGGUGAUGCACCUUCAGGGUUCCAGGUUCAGCUAGCACACCUACUCACACAAGACAAGUCUGCUCGCUGGACAAUGAAGGGUUGUGUGUUGGAAGAAGUCAGUGGGUGUUCAGCUAGAUUAGUGAGCACCUUAGUGGGUGGGUCAUCCCCCUUCCCUGCAUCAUCUGCUGCAUCCAUCUCUUCAUCAUCCAGAGUUCCAUCUGCUGCAACCAUCUCUUCAUCAUCCAGAGUUUCAUCUACUUCAUCCACUACCACCACCACUUCUACAUCUACAUCAGCAUCACAUCUCAAAUUAGACGAUGGAGAAGCAGCAUUUACUCAGGCACUUGUGACCAUCAUUUAUGAAUACUUAUCAGUGGGCAAACCACAGGCUAUCACCAACUGGUUAGCAGCUCUACAGGGUGUAAGGCGAGUUUCAGUGCUUAGCCAACGAGCAGGACUCCUGUUGUGGCAGGUCAAGCUAAUUGCUCGUGCUGCUCAUUUCUUGCAUCAUCUGACUGGUUCAUCUAGUGAAAGUGCAGCAUCAAGUGAAGAGAGUAUUGGUGGUGAACCAAGUCCUCUUAUAUCAGCUGAGCAAGCAUUAUCACUUAAUAAGCGCUUAGAGCUACUUACUGAUACUUGGCUUGAAGAGGUACGAGACGAAAUUGUGCGCUACCUGAAAGGAGAGACAGAGAAGCAGUAUUCAGCAAAGUGUUCAUUUACACUUGUAAUGCGAGACCUUCCCUUACCUGUAAAUCUUAAUGAACCUGAAGGUUGGUCUGAUCCUCUGGCACUGCAUGCUGCUUUACACAGAGCUAGGGUACCAUCUGCUGCAAUAUCUGCUCUCUCAAAGAUGUUGUUCCAGUCUUAGACAUAAAUGUCCUUAAUAAAAAUACAUUUUAUUCCAUUUAAAAUAAAUAUUUUACACGU